AUGGUGGUGGCGGCGGCGAUCCUGCCGGAGCUGGCCACGCAGCUGGUGGUGCCGGUGGCGGCGGCGGUCGGCAUCGCGUUCGCGGUGCUGCAGUGGGUGCUCGUCUCCAAGGUCAAGGUCGCCCCCGAGCCGCGCGGUGAGGGCGCCAUCUCCGAAGGGGCAACCUCCUUCCUUUUCACUGAAUACAAGUAUGCCGGAGGGUUCAUGACCGUUUUCGCGGUCCUGAUCUUCGUCUUCCUUGGCUCCAUCGAGGGGUUCAGCACAAAGAGUCAGCCUUGCCAUUACAGCGUGGGCAAGACAUGCAAGCCGGCUCUUGCUAAUGCCGCGUUCAGCACAAUUGCCUUUGUGCUGGGUGCGGUCACCUCUCUGGUGUCUGGUUUCCUUGGAAUGAAGAUCGCGACUUACGCGAAUGCCAGGACAACUCUCGAGGCAAGGAAGGGUGUUGGGAAGGCGUUUAUCGUUGCUUUCCGCUCUGGUGCUGUGAUGGGCUUCCUUCUUGCUGCAAGUGGCCUUUUUGUUCUUUACGUCGCAAUCAACUUGUUUGGGCUUUAUUAUGGCGAUGACUGGGAGGGUCUUUUCGAGGCUAUCACCGGUUAUGGUCUUGGCGGUUCUUCCAUGGCUCUUUUCGGCCGUGUAGGCGGUGGGAUUUACACCAAAGCUGCUGAUGUUGGUGCUGAUCUUGUUGGGAAAGUAGAAAGGAACAUCCCUGAAGACGACCCGAGGAACCCGGCCGUCAUUGCAGACAAUGUUGGUGACAAUGUUGGAGAUAUUGCUGGAAUGGGUUCAGAUCUCUUUGGUUCCUACGCCGAGUCAUCUUGUGCUGCUCUUGUUGUUGCCUCAAUCUCUUCCUUUGGAAUCAACCGUGAAUUCACUCCCAUGAUGUACCCACUCCUAAUUAGCUCAGUGGGCAUAAUAGCCUGUUUGAUAACAACUCUUUUUGCAACCGAUUUCUUUGAGGUGAAGGAGGUAGAUCAAAUAGAGCCUGCCCUUAAAAAACAGCUUAUUAUCUCCACUGCCGUGAUGACCGUUGGCAUUGCACUAGUCAGUUGGUUAGGUCUCCCAUAUACCUUCACAAUAUUCAACUUUGGUGCCCAGAAGACGGUGCAUAGCUGGCAACUAUUUCUAUGUGUGGCGGUUGGUCUCUGGGCUGGCCUAGUCAUUGGAUUUAUCACAGAGUACUACACAAGCAAUGCAUACAGUCCUGUGCAGGAUGUCGCUGAUUCCUGCAGAACUGGAGCUGCAACCAAUGUCAUCUUUGGUCUUGCUCUGGGAUACAAAUCAGUUAUUAUCCCUAUCUUUGCCAUUGCCUUCAGUAUUUUCCUCAGCUUCAGCCUUGCCGCGAUGUAUGGUGUUGCUGUGGCUGCUCUUGGAAUGCUCAGCACAAUUGCGACCGGUCUUGCCAUUGAUGCCUAUGGCCCUAUCAGUGACAACGCUGGAGGCAUUGCUGAAAUGGCUGGCAUGAGCCACAGAAUUCGUGAAAGAACUGAUGCUCUGGAUGCUGCAGGAAACACAACUGCUGCCAUUGGAAAGGGAUUCGCAAUUGGCUCAGCUGCCUUGGUGUCCCUUGCUCUCUUCGGUGCUUUUGUGAGCCGUGCUGGGAUCACAACUGUUGAUGUUCUGACACCAAACGUUUUCAUUGGCCUCCUUGUUGGCGCUAUGCUCCCGUACUGGUUCUCUGCGAUGACCAUGAAGAGUGUUGGAAGCGCGGCUCUCAAGAUGGUGGAGGAAGUGCGGAGGCAGUUCAACACGAUCCCUGGGCUCAUGGAGGGCACCGCCAAGCCUGACUAUGCGACAUGUGUGAAGAUCUCCACCGAUGCGUCCAUCAAGGAGAUGAUCCCCCCGGGUACUCUUGUCAUGCUGACACCUCUUAUCGUCGGGACCUUCUUCGGUGUUGAGACCCUCUCUGGUGUCCUUGCCGGUGCUCUGGUUUCUGGUGUUCAGAUUGCCAUUUCAGCAUCAAACACUGGUGGUGCCUGGGACAACGCGAAGAAAUACAUUGAGGCUGGCGCAUCUGAGCACGCAAAGAGCCUGGGCCCAAAAGGCUCAGACUGCCACAAGGCUGCUGUGAUCGGCGACACCAUCGGGGACCCUCUCAAGGACACCUCGGGCCCCUCGCUCAACAUCCUCAUCAAGCUCAUGGCGGUCGAGUCCCUCGUGUUCGCCCCCUUCUUCGCCACCUAUGGAGGCAUCCUCUUUAAGUAUCUUUAG